GGGCAUGACCGGGAGCACGGAGGAGAGCGCCGGCCGGCAGCUGGGUGAUCGGAGAAGAACGGCGGCCUUGCUAGGAUCUUUCGAUCGGUCGACAUGGACAGGCCAGAUCGCCACCAGCACCAGUUUUUCAUGCCGCUGCCGGUGCUGCAGCAGCAGCAGCAGCUGUGCGCGCCCAUGAUGGACGAGCAGGCGUCGUUCUUGGCGGGGAGGGCCGGCGGCGGCGGCGGGGGAGGUGGAGGUGGAGCGGCGGGGAGGGGGGAGAGGAAGCGGCGGUUCACGGAGGAGCAGAUACGGUCGCUGGAGUCCAUGUUCCAGGCGCACCACGCCAAGCUGGAGCCCCGGGAGAAGGCGGAGCUGGCGCGGCAGCUGGGCCUGCAGCCGCGGCAGGUGGCCAUCUGGUUCCAGAACAAGCGCGCCCGGUGGCGCUCCAAGCAGCUCGAGCACGACUACGACGCGCUCCGCGACAAGUUCGACGCCCUCCACGCCCGCGUCGAGUCCCUCAAGCAGGAGAAGCUCGCCCUCGCCGCACAGUUGCAAGAGCUAAGCGAGAGGCUGAGGGAGCGGGAGGACCACCGGGCCGCCAGUGGCGGCGUCGCGGCGACGGCUAGCAGCAGCAGCUGCAACGGCGGCGAGGAGGAGGCGGAGGACGACAAGAGGAACGUCGUCCUCCGGUGCGUCGACAUGGAGCCGCCCGAGAGCUGCGUGCUCGCCGGGGCGUGCGCGACGCCGCCGGCGGACGUCUCGGUGGAGUCCGAGUGCGACGACCACCACCGCCUCGACUACGACGACGGGUUGUUCCCGGAGUCCUUCUGCGCGACGCCGGAGCUGUGGGAGCCCUGGCCGCUCGUGGAGUGGAUGCGGUCGCCUGAAACGGUGGCGGAAGCUAGCAGUACAUAGGCUUGCGUGUGUAAGAUACGUGCAUGGUGCCAUGGCGCUCUCAAAUGGAACAGGAGGACAACGGCGGGGGCCGGGCUCUGUGCCCAUGACGAUUGGGCCCCGGCAUCAGGUCGGGGAUGAGAAGGCGUAACGUUCAAGCGAUGGAACCUUGGAGACGAUCAGCCAAUGGGAUUAGUGCUUUCGAUCUGCAAAGGUUAAUGGGAUUCAUUAGAGGCGUCAUUGGUAGGUCGACUGCUAGAGUUGCUCUAGAAUGCGGCUUUGUUGUUCCCUUUGGAAUUCAAAGUUAGAUAAUAUAAUCGAAGCAUAUAUGUUCGCUUUAUAAAUAUAUAUAGUAUUCGCGUGUACGUAUU